GGCGGGCCUGCGCGGGGCGGGGGCGGUGCUUUGUGUGCGGCCGGCGGGGCGCGCGGCAGCGGCGGUGGCGGUGCGGGGAGCGGUGGGCGCCGCGGUCGGGGCGGGGCGCGGCGCGCGGCAGCAUGGAGGAGCUAAGCAGCGUGGGCGAGCAAGUCUUCGCCGCCGAGUGCAUCCUGAGCAAGCGACUACGCAAGGGCAAGCUGGAGUACCUGGUCAAGUGGCGCGGCUGGUCCUCCAAACACAACAGCUGGGAGCCAGAGGAAAAUAUCCUGGACCCGAGGCUGCUCCUGGCCUUCCAGAAGAAGGAACAUGAGAAGGAGGCGCAGAACCGGAAGAGAGGCAAGCGGCCCAGGGGCCGGCCGCGGAAGCACACCGUGAUGUCCUCCUGUAGCCGCCACUCCAAGCUCAAGGAACCCGAUGCCCCCUCCAAAUCCAAAUCCAGCAGCUCUUCCUCCUCCUCCACAUCCUCCUCCUCUUCCUCAGAUGAAGAGGAUGACAGUGACCUAGACGCCAAGAGGGGCCCCCGGGGCCGUGAGACUCAUCCAGUGCCUCAGAAGAAGGCCCAGAUCCUGGUAGCCAAGCCUGAACUGAAGGAUCCCAUCCGAAAGAAGCGGGGCCGCAAGCCCCUGCCCCCAGAGCAGAAGGCGGCCCGGAGACCCGUGAGCCUCGCCAAGGUGCUAAAAACGGCCCGGAAGGACCUCGGGCCACCGGCCAGCAAGCUGCCCCCUCCACUCAGUGCUCCCGUGGCCGGCCUGGCAGCCCUGAAGGCCCACGCCAAGGAAGCAUGCAGUGGCCCCAGCUCCAUGGCCACCCCAGAGAACCUGGCCAGCCUGAUGAAGGGCAUGGCUGGCAGCCCCAGCCGAGGCGGCAUCAGUUGGCAGAGCUCCAUCAUGCACUACAUGAAUCGGAUGAGCCAGAGCCAGGCCCAGGCUGCUGGCAGACUGGCUCUCAGGGCCCCAACCCCUGGCAAGUGCAGCCUAGGGCUGGACCUCAAGGUGAGGACGCAGAAGGGGGAGCUGGGGAUAAGCCCCCCAGGAGGCAAAGGCCCAAAGGCCCCUAGCAGCGGGGCUGUGGAGCAGAAAGCAGGGAGCACAGGAGGGCCCUCGCACGUCCACAGCAGCAGCAAGGUCCCUGCUGGGUGCCUGGGCUCCCAGCCCCCACCCACCCAGGAGCUGAGCCUCCAGGUCUUGGACUUACAGAGUGUUAAGAAUGGCACACCAGGGGUGGGCCUGGUCGCCCGCCACACCACAGCCACCAAAGGUAUCCCUGCCACCAACCCCGCCACUGGGAAGAGUGCAGGGGGUGGCCCCACUGGGGGGAGCGGGGCUGGCCUGCCCACCGAUGCCAGCAAGAGUGAGAAGCUGACUUCCAGAGCGGCAGCCCUGCCCACCCCUGCAGGCAAGAGGGACUGUGCCAAGGGCAGCACAGCCCCUGGGCAGGAGGGCCACCCGGCCUCGGGGGAAGCCCGCAAGACGGCUGCGCUGUCCGAGAUGAGCACCGGUGAGGAGAACAGCAGCUCUGACUCGGACCCCGACUCGGGCUCACUGCCCAGCGCCGGGCAGAACCUGUCUGUAUCUGUCCAGACCAGCCAGGACUGGAAGCCUCCCCGCAGCCUCAUCGAGCACGUCUUCGUCACCGACGUCACUGCCAACCUCAUCACAGUCACCGUGAAGGAGUCUCCCACCAGCGUGGGCUUCUUCAGCCUGAGGCAUUACUGACACUGCCCAGGUGUCACCUGCCCUUCUCUGGUCUCUGACUUUGCUUUGGUAUGUGGUCCAUGUCUCAAACCCGCUCCGGGAGCCAGUGGCCUCCUUCAAAGACAGGCUCGGCUGGGAACUCCCCCCAGCCAGCCCCGCCUGUGACUUCGGUUGGGGAGGCACCAGGAUGCCGUGGUGCCUGGCCUCCCCUUUGUUCCUACCUCCGGGCCUUCGCUCUGCUCUCCACUCACCCAGGAAGUCCAGCUGGCUUCCUGUGGCUCAGCAAAAUGUUUCUCAAGAGCGUCCUGUGAUUAAGCCCGGCUGCUUCACUGUUGGGACUGCCUCCGUGGCCUGUGAUGACAGAAUGGUGGUCGCCUUCCCUCCUGAUCUCCGGAGGCACAGGUGUCCAGCUUAGCUGUUCCUGCCCAAUGGUGGGGCUGGCAGGCCGCUCCGGAGAGGGCGGGGGGAGUGGGGCCUUGCUGGGCAGAACCCCCCACCCCCGUUAGAGCAGAGCCUGAGCUGGCGAGGACGAGGCGGACCUCUCGCCUCACUGUCCCUGUCCCUGCCCCAGAUAAAUGAGGGCCAGGGCCUGAAUGUAGGGGGACACGUGCUGGCAGUUGGGAUCACCAACCCUCAAGAGGUUGGUUUUGGUGCCACCUAACCCUGGUUCGGGUUCACAACUGCAGCCCCCAAAUGUUGACCCAGAAGUCCACUGUGGGUGAGGAGGUUUUCUCCUGAAGAGCCUCUGAGUGCUGGGGACAGAAGGAGAGGGUGUCACUGCUGCCCUCCUUCCUGCCAGCCUGUGUGGUGUAAGGACUGCCUUCGUCCUAAUGACCCUGCAAGCUGCUCCGGAUCCCCUGGGAGGUGGACAGUUGCUAAGAAGUAUGUCUCCCUCCACCUCCUACGACCAGCGUGGUGCCUCCCACUGUCCCGCCCACCUUCCCUACCUCUGGGGGCUCCGUGGUCUUUCCUAGCUGAGAAGCUGUAGCCCUGUACCACUUGGGAAAUGGGACAGUCUGAGGGGACCCCUGGAAAGGCUGGAUCUGCCAGCCCAGCUGCCUCCCCACAGCGGGCUGAGUCCAGGAGCUGCCUUGUGUGGUUCCUGACCAACAUCAGAAUUGCCAUGAGUGGCUCGGGCAGAGAGAUGCGGCGGUGAGCAGAGUCACUGGUCUUUGUGAUGCCAAAAAGAAAAGCGGGAGUGUGGGGGACUUGAGUUGGGCUUCGAUUAUCGGUUAACAUCAGACGCGGGGCCUUCUGUUGCCCUGUAGCCCACGUGCAGCGGAGAAUCCAGCUUUCAUGGUGGGCUCUGGUGUCUGAGGGUGGCCUGCCAGACCUCCAGUUCCUCCAGUCCCAUACCCUCUACACCAAAUACCCCAAGAUGGCUUUUGUGUAGCCAAAUUGACUUCAACAGUGUGCCUUUGGGAACAGACCCACCUCCAGGACCUCACUGGGGGACAUUCACAUGCAGCUUCUGAGCCUUGCACCUGGCAGCUGUACUGGCUGCCGCAGGAGUGGUGCCCACCGUGGCAGGGCUGGGGGCCCGGGGGAAACUGCAAAGUGGGCAGUUAAGAGGGAGAAUGCCCCUUCGGCUGCCCCAGCAGGAGGUGGAGAGAUGCCAGCUCACUGCAGUCUGGAAGGAAGGGGUGCCAGCACACUGGGCCCCGGCACCAGCCUCCCCUUCUGUACCCAGAUGCUCUGGCUUUGUGACAAAAGGGGCUCUCCUGGGCUGCGUCCCCCACAGAGAAGCUCAUGACUUCCAAGUUUCGCUGCCUUAGAGGCUGCAGAGCCAGGCUAAUAGCAGCUCUCCCUCCCCUCCAAGCCCUCAGGGUGCCCCUGCUCUGGGCCGACCCGACAGCCCCAGCAGCCAGGUCUCCAAACCCCGAUUAGGUGCCUUUCUGUUUACCAGCUACUUCAAUCCCAAAGUUUGAAUCGCGAACACCUUACUCCCUGCCACUUUGCCUUCUUGCUGUGUUGUGUGUAUUUCUUGGUGCUUGUGACCCCAAGUGGUUCAUGUUUAAAAAGGGUUUGUGUGUGUGUAUGUGUGUGCACACAUGUACAGGCGUGACAGCCUUCGCUGAAGAGUUGGUCGUCAUGUUUACCAGUAAAUAAAAGUAGUGCUUUUUAAUUUGCUGCUGUGUGUGUGUGUGUGUGUGUGGCUAGGCAUUGGUCACACGUCUGGCUUGUUUCUUUAUCCUGCAGGGUUUUCUGUGCGAACUGCAUCACAGUGUAUAGGAAAUGGGUGUUUUAAUCCUGUUUUAUCUUUCCGUUGGUUUUUGUAAUGGAUAGGAAGAAGUGGCCAUUCUGUCCUGUUCUUUAGAGGAUUUGGCAUAUAUAUAUAUAUAUGUGUGUUUUUUUGUUUUUUGUUUUGUUUUUUUUUUUUUUUUUUUUUACCAAAAAGAGUGCUCCUUGUUUUUGGUUAUACUCAAAACUCUGACCUGAAAAGAAGGAUUCUGGGCCUAGAAGUUUCAUCAGGGGAAAACUUUGGGGAGAACCAGAGCUUUGGACCAUUGCCAAUCACUGGCUUGAUUUGUGUUUUUUAAUUUAAAAAAAAAAAAAGCCAAAUCAUUCAUGUAUGCCACUUCUAAUUGCAUUAAACUAUGGCUGUUUGUUUGCUUUUUUAAAAGAGAACAAAAGUGGAUAUGUUAUUGCCCUGGGAAACUUAAAAUCUUUGUUGAAACAGGACAACAGCCCAGCCCCCAUAUUCAAUCAGGACCCAACAGUUAAAGGAAAUGCUUCCCCCAGGAAACCCACAAUGGUUUAGGGUCAGGGGUGGAGGAGGGGAGAGGUAGUACCUAGAUGACCAGAUUUUUGCUCAAGUGCAUCUAAAGGUUCUGUGGAUUUUCUAGUAUUUUUGGAAAACUAACAUUAGUGAUAGGUUAGAUUUUUUUUUUUUUUAGACUGAUGUUAAUUUAUUUUGCAGGGAAGAGUCAUUAGCAAACGGUAUCAGAUGAUUUUUAACUUUGUUAACUCCUAGUAUAUCAAUAAAUUCUUAAUUUUUCAGCUGGA